AUGGUGUUUAGAGAAAGCAAGCUUUACGUGCUUAGUCCAAGUCUAGACAUCACUGUUUUUGAUUUCUCUAGUGGUGAUUCUCCAAAGGAAUGUGCAAGCUUCACAUCGCCGGAUGACUAUUCAUCAUAUGGACCAUUACGUUUCGAGUCUUUCGACCAUCUUGUUAUAACUUUGUCCGGAGAGGUUUUGUUGAUCAAAGUCGAACGUCGGGGAUUGCAGAUAUGUUCAUUCGAUGUUUACAAGAUGGAUCAAACAUCAUCAAAAUGCAAAAGGAUCCGCUCUAUAGGGAACGAAGCAUUGUUUUUGGAUCACGGAACAACGGUUGAAGCCAAAGAUGGAAUUAGGAAUAAUUGCAUAUAUUUUAGUUACGUUAAGUAUGGUAAAUACAAGAACAUUAGUUUACGCAAUACUUGCGUCUACGAUAUUCAAAGGGGGUUCGUUGUCCAACGGUUUCAACACCUUGCAGAUUCAUCGCCAAUGCCUUUCAAGUGUGUUCGUUGGGAGCAAGUUAGGGAUUAG